AUGCUUCACGUUACCCCCGCCACGGCCACCGCUCGGUUCCCCGCCGCCCCUGCCGCGGUCGCCGCGCGGUUCCACGCCGCCCUGCCUCAGCUGCCGCCUAGCUCUGCAUCGCCCCUCGCAGACGAACCUCGCACGCAUCCCAUCCAUGGAGCUAGCAGGGCGGGAGAGGCGGCGGAGGGGGUGCUCACCGUGGGCGGCAGAGCUUCAAGCAGCGGAGCAGCUUCGGCUAUCGGAAAAACAGCGAUUCGGGCUCGGGCAAGCUCGACCAGGGGCUGGGGUCGUGCGGCGAGGUCGACGGAUGCAAGGGCGGAGCAGGCGGAGGUGGAGUUCGUGCGCGGCUGCUGCGCGCGCACGCUCUACCCGUGCCUCUGCCGUGCGGGGCUGGCCCCGCACGCGGCUUCCGUCCACUCCAGCCUCGCGCUGGCCUCCGCCAACCUCAAGCUCGCCGUCCUCUACCCGCUGGCCGCGCGAAUCCCGCCGCCCGGCUCCACCGGGUUCUACGACUGCACCGAGGCCGUCGCGUCGGCCGCGGACCAAGCGGCGCGCGCGGCCAAGCGGCUGGGCGGGGUCGAGCAAGCCAUGGGCCUUGAGGUGCUUUGGCGCGUGGACGACGCGCUCACGUGGCUCAGCGCCGCCAUGACCGACGAGGACACGUGCACCGACGGCCUCUGGCCUUGGAAAUCCGCGCCGGCGCCGGUGAGUGCCGAGCUGCGUGCUAGGGUGAGCCGCGCCAAGCAGUACACCAACAUAGCUCUCGCGCUCGUCAACAUGCUAGUUAGUAAUAACCCAAGAAGUUUGCCAGAUGCCGAAAUCUUGGUUGCUUAUCAGUUGUAA